UUUCUAAUUGAACCACGACAAAACAGAUUGAUCUUCUCGAAUCAUCGGUAAGUCGAUCUUUCUAUGAUUUAUUGAUUCAUGCUUGAUCGGCUUGCUUCAAAUAAAUACAAUGGGUUCGGAUUUAAAAAAAAUUUCACGUUUUCUUCUUUAUUUCAUUUUAAUUGAUUUUAAUUUCGCGAAUAACAACAAUGAUAAUCGUUCAAAAGACGAAAUCGAUGAUGCUUCAGUAUAUAGAUUACCAAAAAAUGUAAUUCCAAUUUCCUAUGAUCUACGAAUAUUAACAAAAUUGGCUGCAAAUGACUUUCACUAUGAAGCCGAAGUUCGGAUAACGCUCAAUAUAUUGGAAAAAACAAAUACAAUAAUACUGCAUGCUCAUAAGCUAAGAAUAGAUAAGGAUAAAUCUUGUUUAUACAAAGGAACCGAUAAAAUUUCAAUUGACCAUCAAUACUUCGAUACAAAUAGACAAUUCUAUAUCAUCAAAUACAUGAAAUAUUUAGAAAUUGGACAAUAUAUUUUGGUUCUUUCUUUUGUGGGAGAAAUUCAGGAUGAUGUAUUUGGAUUUUACAGAAGUUCCUACGAGGUGGAUGGACAAAAGAAAUGGAUUGGUAUAACUCAAUUCUCACCUACUUACGCUCGGGAAGCGUUUCCGUGCAUGGAUGAACCGCACUUAAAAGCGACAUUUACAAUAAGCAUUGGUCAUUACUCUAAUCAAACGGCCACUAGUAAUACUGAUAUAAAAACGGUCGAGGAAGUCGAUACGUAUUAUCGUCUUACGACGUUCUUGACUACUCCACGGAUGUCAACGUAUCUCGUCGGAUGGUCGGUACAUGAUUACGUAGUUGAAAUUUCAGAAUCCUCAAGAGAUUUUAAAAUCUGGACAAGAGACAGCAUGCGAUCUCAUGGUAGCUUUGCCUUGAAUCAAGGCUUGUUAAUUUAUUCAGCUUUACAAGAUUGGAUGAAAGUGGAAAAUCCGAUAAAAAAAAUGGAUCAAUUUGCUGUGGCUGAUUUCAACUUUCGCGCUAUGGAAAAUUGGGGUAUGAUAACGUAUCGCGAGUCGAUAGUCCUAUUUCAGAACGGAACGAUUCCAACGAGAAAAAUGGUUGAUGGCUUGGCCACUAUGGCACAUGAAUAUGCGCACACGUGGUUCGGGAAUUUGGUAACGCCAGAAUUUUGGAAUGUCGCUUGGUUAAAAGAGGGCUUUGUCUCAUACUUCCAAUAUUUUGGAGUCUCUUUGGUACAACCAACAUGGAAAAUGAUGGAUAUAUUUGUCGUUGAUUACGUUCAACCGACUCUUCUCUCGGAUUCUGUGAAUCAUGAUAGAUCCAUGAACAGUCAAAACGUCGGAAGUCCUAGCAGUAUCAUGGCUACGCUAGAUUUUGUUACUUAUAGAAAAGGAGCGUCCAUAAUUCGAAUGAUAAAACAUGCGUUUGGUGAGAAUGUCUUUCAGAAAGGAUUGCAUCAUUAUUUAAGCGAAAUGUCGUAUCGAGCGGCUAGACCAUACGACUUGUAUCGUUAUUUACAGAAAGCUAUUGAUACGUCAUCAAAUAGCACGAAGGACCGUAAAUUUGUCAAGGACGUUGUCGAAUCUUGGGCAAAUCAAGUGGGAUAUCCUUUGAUAACGAUAACGCGAAACUACACGAGACAUUGGGCAUUGGUAUCUCAAGAACGAUUUUAUCUCAAUCGAGACACGAGAAAAAUCAACAACAACGAUAAAGAACGCACAUGGUGGAUACCUCUGACCUUCGCUACGAGGUCGUCUAUCAUCGAUUUUCAAAGGAUUCGCCCGAAGCUCUGGCUGUGCCCUUGGGAUAAGAGGACGAUGAUUUCGAACUUUCGCGACACCGAUUGGGUGCUCUUCAACGUCCAGCAAAUCGGAUUCUACCGAGUCAAUUACGACGAGACCAAUUGGAAAAUGCUUAUUGAUCACCUUAGAUCAAAGGAGUUUAUCUCCAUUCCCUCGGUGAACCGAGCGGCUCUCCUCGACGAUGCUUUUAAUCUGGCAAGAGCAGGAUAUAUAGAUUAUUCGAUUCCAUUCGACUUGUCCAAGUAUCUUAAGAGAGAGAUGGACUACGAGCCUUGGCUCGCCGCCGUUAAUAAUUUCAUGUUUCUCAAUCGAAUCCUGAAUAAAGUAUCGAAGAUUCAUAAAGCGUUCCAGAAAUACGCGGAAAAUCUGAUUCUGCCUAUAUACGAGUUAUUGGGAUUCACGGAGGAUUCGUCCGAUAACGUCCGGACAAAACUUCAACGGGAGAUAAUAUUAUCGGCUUCGUGCGCGCUAAAUAACGCUCACUGCCUCGAGACAUCGAAAAUGUUAUUUAAUUCGUGGAUAUCAUCGUUGAAUGAAACAAUAUUACCUGAUUUGAAAAGUUUCGUCUAUUGCAUUGGCAUACGUAACGGGAAUGAUGAGGAUUGGUUUACAAUGUGGAAAAAAUAUCUCGAUGCAGAUUUACAUAUCGAACAAGAACUUUUAUUGUCUGCACUCGGAUGUAGUCGAAAUCCUAUUUUAUUGAAUAAAUAUCUGAAUGUAUCGAUUUCUCGAAAUUCGACAAUUCGUAAGCAAUACAGAUUUUCGAUAGUUACUGCUGUUACGAAUGGUAAUCCAGAAAAUGUCGAUCAUACUUUAGAAUUCGUUGAAAACAAUCUCGAAAGCAUUAUUGAUUCACGAGGAUACGAUUUCUUAGGUAAGAUAUUUAUUUCUAUAGGAGAGCAUAUGACAACUACAGAACAAACAAACAAGCUUCGUCGUUUCAUCGAUCAAAAUAUAAAACGUCUAGGAUCGGCCUCGAAAGCAGCAGAGAAAGCAAUUGUUUCUGCCGCUGAAAACGCAAAGUGGGUUGAAAAAUAUGCGCCUCUCAUUGCUACAAAUCUCUGAUUUAAUUUGUAAAUGUAAACUAAAUAUACAAAUUUUGUAAAAAGUUUUCACUUUUAUACGAUAAUCUUAUUAAAGUUCAAUUAUUGUGGAAUUUACUAAAACUCCCAAAAAAGGGAUUAUG